AUCAGAUGGURCUUCUACUCCCCGAUUCCUCAGUGAAUGCCUCCGGGAGCCCAUCAGGAAGCCCAUCCCUGCUCGGAGCGCCGGGGCUUUGCCGCCUGCCCUCCUGAUGAUGUCCCGGCGAGCGACCUUCGGCACCCCAAUCCCCGGGACAAGCGUCUGCCGCGUGUUUCGGCAGAGCGACAGCCACGGCCACCYGCGGCUUGGGGACACGCUGCCCACCUUUCCCAGUACCGAGGGGUGCCCCGACCCCAGCGCUCUCCCCAUCCCUGGUGGGGGCGGGCCGGCGCGGGGGCGGCCCCAGCUCCAUCCCUGCCCGCCCGCCUCCCGCAGCCAGUCGGGGCGGAGAGGCGGCACUGGAGGGCUCCUCCGCCAGCAGCCGGCCGGGCAGCGGUGCACAUGGCAUGUCUGAUGGCGGCUUUUUCCCUGGGCAGCGCUUUGGGUGGCAGCAGCUCUGGCUGUACCAUGGCCGAGCCAAAGUCCGUGUGUGUUUCGGUGGACGAGGUGGUCUCCAAUGGCACGGACACCCAGGACAUUCGGCUCAUGAAUGGACACUUAAAAAAAGUGGACAAUGCCCUGACAGAAGCUCACAGGUUCUCCUACCUGCCCCGCAGACCAGCUGUGAACAUUGAGUUUAAAGAACUGUCCUACUCUAUCCAGGAAGGGCCGUGGUGGAGAAAGAAAGGUUACAAGACCCUUUUGAAAGGAAUUUCAGGGAAGUUCAGCAGUGGGGAGCUCGUUGCAAUUAUGGGUCCUUCAGGAGCUGGGAAGUCAACGCUUAUGAAUAUUCUGGCAGGAUACAGAGAGACGGGAAUGAAAGGGGAAAUCCUCAUCAACGGGCAGCCCCGUGACCUGCGCUCCUUCCGCAAAGUCUCCUGCUACAUCAUGCAGGAUGACAUGCUCCUUCCCCACCUCACUGUCCAGGAAGCCAUGAUGGUAUCUGCUCAUCUGAAGCUWCAAGAGAAAGAUGAAGGGAGGAGAGAAAUGGUGAAGGAAAUCCUGACAGCCCUCGGUUUGCUGACRUGUGCCAACACGAGGACUGGGAGCCUUUCUGGGGGCCAGAGGAAGCGCCUUGCCAUCGCUCUGGAGCUSGUCAACAACCCUCCUGUCAUGUUCUUCGAUGAACCAACCAGUGGCUUGGACAGUGCAUCGUGUUUUCAGGUGGUCUCUCUGAUGAAGGCUUUGGCCCAGGGUGGCAGGUCCAUCAUCUGCACGAUUCACCAGCCCAGUGCAAAACUCUUCGAGCUCUUUGAUCAGGUUUAUUUAAAUCAAGGUCAAUGCAUUUACCGUGGGAAGGUAACAAACCUUGUCCCUUACUUGAGAGAUUUGGGGUUGAAUUGCCCAACCUACCACAACCCAGCAGAUUUUGUUAUGGAAGUGGCCUCUGGCGAGUACGGUGACCAGAACGGCCGCCUGGUCAGGGCCGUGCGGGAGAGGAUCUGCGACACGGAUUACAAGAGAGACGUGGGUGGGGAGCACGAGAUGAACCCCUUCCUGUGGCACCGRCCCUCUGAGGAGGACUCCUCCUCCACAGAAGGCUGCCACAGCUUCUCUGCCAGCUGCCUAACCCAGUUCUGCAUCCUCUUCAAAAGAACUUUCCUCACCAUCAUGAGGGACUCGGUCCUGACGCACUUGCGGAUCACCUCCCACAUCGGCAUYGGGCUGCUCAUCGGCUUGCUCUACUUGGGCAUUGGCAACGAGGCCAAGAAAGUCCUCAGCAACUCGGGAUUCCUGUUUUUCUCCAUGCUGUUCCUCAUGUUCGCCGCGCUGAUGCCGACAGUSCUCACCUUUCCCCUGGAGAUGGGAGUGUUUCUCAGAGAGCACCUGAACUACUGGUACAGCCUCAAAGCCUAUUACCUCGCCAAAACCAUGGCUGAUGUUCCUUUCCAGAUCAUGUUCCCUGUGGCUUACUGCAGCAUCGUCUACUGGAUGACUUCCCAGCCCUCCGACGCUCUGCGCUUCGUCCUCUUCGCGGCCCUGGGGACCAUGACAUCGCUGGUGGCCCAGUCACUGGGUCUGCUCAUCGGGGCAGCCUCUACAUCCCUCCAGGUGGCAACUUUCGUGGGCCCUGUCACUGCCAUCCCAGUCCUGCUGUUCUCUGGGUUUUUUGUCAGCUUUGACACCAUCCCAACAUACCUCCAGUGGAUGUCCUACAUUUCCUAUGUCAGAUAUGGGUUCGAAGGAGUCAUCCUCUCCAUCUACGGGCUGGAUCGAGAAGAUCUGCAUUGUGACAAAGAUGACACCUGCCAUUUUCAAAAAUCAGAGGCCAUCCUGAGAGAACUGGACGUAGAAAAUGCCAAACUUUACCUGGACUUCAUUGUUCUCGGGAUCUUCUUCUUCUCUCUGCGCCUGAUUGCCUAUUUCGUCCUCAGAUACAAAAUCCGAGCGGAGAGGUAAAGGAAAAGCAGCUAAACCAACGCAGUAGGAGAACUUUAGACAUGCAAUAGAGGGCACUUGACAUUGUCUCACUGUGGCAGGCUGGUCCCCAGUGGCCAGCAGAUGCUGUCCUGAGCGAGCCCACGGAGAGCCACAAUGGGAUAGUGGACACACARCGUUCAGCCAAUCGGUCCCGUUGGGUUGGGUCACGUUUUCAUUACACUUUCUAGCUUUAACUAGGAAGAAGAACUAGAAGGGAAUUUUACACCACAGAAAAUCAAUGCUGAGGCAGCGUAACUGUAACAAGAAACCCGGCURCAGGAGCUUUCCUUAUGAAAACCAAUUUUGGGAUAAGGCCACUGGGAUAUSAGCCCUGGUGGCCAGAAUAGCGUAAUGUCCUCUCUAGCUGACAAAGGUAAUGAGAUGCAAAGCAAGGAAUGCAAAGAAAAUAGGGUUCUCUCAUCUUUUUAAAUUCAGAGUUUCAUCUUUGCAGUUUUCUAUGUAUUAUUUUGCAAUUCUUUUCCACAGAGUUACCCCUUCUGGCUAAAAGUCUGUAAAUGUAUUAAUAAGGUAAAGACAUCUUUUUAAUACRGAUACUUUUUUAAGAGAAACCUAAAGUGAUUCAAGGAAUUAUUUUUGUUUCUGUCUGAAUUUAGAAUUCUGGUGCUUUACUUGUCGAGCUGGUCUCAUAUMUGAAAACUGUAAUGAUAGGAGGAAAAGGCAGGUUCUGAACCUGCACUAACCUGUGGUCCUAUUUGGAAGCAGCACUGGAUAGCACAUGCAGUUAGACAUGGUCAAGCUGUCGCUGAAUGGUUGAAAAAAUAUUCUUUUGCAGUGUCUUUAAAUCCUUAGAGUUUGUGAUAUUUUGAGAUACUAACUCCGCUCRUUAUCUGUUUGAUCUACCUCCUGCAAAUGAAAAAGAAAAAUCAAAGCACUCCCAGGCUUGUUUUUAAUUAAAUUGUGAAAGCAGGAUCUGCCUGUCCCCAAGUGAUUGUUAAAGGAGUGCAAGAGCUGACCACAGAUCAAAGCUUGGGCUGCUGUGUUAAAACACCCGUGACUGCCUCAUCCAGAGGUGUUCACUGUGUCUGCAGCACACGGUGUGCAGGACUCUCCUCASAAUACACAAAUAAAUGACCUUGUAAUGCUGGUUCUCAUCCCUAAGUCUGCAUGCCCAACAUGGAAAUCAGCUGAUCUGAACAUCAGUGGCACUGUUGUUUUGGGUUCCUCCCCUUUGUAAAUUUGGCCRGGGCAAUGCUGGUUCUGAGCUGAUGUGAGUUUUGUCACCAAAUUGCACGGGCUGGGAUUUUCAACCCAAAUUCACUCCACCACACUCAUGCUGGGCACCUUGGCGAGCUUUGGUGCAAAUUGCACGACCUCCUGCCACGACUGUGAAUCCAUCUGGGUGUYCCAGAGCCCUGAGCACAACUUGCACCUUUCUGUAAAUGCAUUAUUCCCAUCAGGAUGCUGAUGGCAGCAGCUCAGUGCCAGCAAACCCUUGAGGAGCCCAGCAGCUCAUGGCAGCGGAGCAGGUGAGACAGAGACCUGGUGCAUUCACUGUCCCCCAAAUGUGUCUGGGAAAGCUCUGGCUKUGCUGGGCUGCAGCAUUUAGCAGGGAAGAAAAUUCUUUCCCAGUUUUCCUGGCCCGUGCCCAGGCUCUGUUUGAUUUACCAACACAGACACAGACUGCGUGUAUCUGUUAAACUCAGGACAUUUGAACUAAGCCUGGGGUCUGGAAGGCUUUAAACUAAGCCCCGUGUUUUAGGAAGGUUAGCUGAACUUUCCCUGAAAAUAAGGUGGACCUGUGAAAGCAAAAAUCAGUCUUUACUGUAGAAGAAAACYCAAAUUCCUUGCACAGCCUCUUUACGUAAUUUUUGUUGCUGUUUUUUCUCAAAAAAACUUUUUUACAGCUCUGAAGCUUUUCCAGGUGUAAUCACAAGCAGGAACAAACUUAUAUGGCUGUCAGAUUGAGAAAUUAAGAAUUUGAGCUAUUCUAAAUAACGCUCAUUGCUGUGAACRGUUUUUAAAAUAAGGCAGAAACUGAAAUCCCUUUGGCACAACAUGCCUUGAUUAUUUCAAGACUCUCAAAGCAUUUGUGAAUAUUACAGGCAGUUCAAACAAUGUUUUCAAGCAAAGGAUCACAUUUGUCAAAUUACUCUUGGGUUGCAGACUUCUGGUCCAAGCUGAGGGCAAAGAGUGUGACAUCCCCUGGUACUGAAUACCUUCAGGGUUCGUGUUUUGUGUUUACCAGCACCAUUUACCAAAUACCACCCUGACAUUCCCUUGCAGUGUCCCAAAUGAGGUAAAUUUGCAGGCAUUUCAACACUGGUAACUCACAGGAUGCUGUUCUCUCCCAUCUAGACCAGUUUAACAGUGUGAAUUCCUUGAAUACCAUCUUGUUAUCUGUGCCUGUUCCUCUGUUUUUAGACUUUCUUMUUUUCUCUUUUUAGUCUUCAACAUGUCCCCCCAUACUGUAACUUUGUUUUGUGUUAUGGCAGCCAAAAAUCUGGUCCUCCACGGGUGUUCCUGAGAAAAUUCCCGCUCUGGAAUAUUUUUUGUCACUCCUUUUUUGGUUAGAUACACUUUUUCCAGCCUUCUGCUGGCAACAUUUAGCUGGAAGUUGCUAUUCUAAGGAACGCUUUCAGACUGUAGUAUCCCAGUAAAGAAGUAAUUCUCUAUAAACUCAGUGAUACACAUAGAUGAGAUAAUAAUUCUUCCCCUCCUUAGCUCACAAACUAACUAACGAUCUCUCUUUUGUCACUGCUCUGGGACAGAAGUACUUAAAACCCAUCCCAAUUAUGGUUUCACAUACUGCGAAGAUUUUUAACRUGGUCUCAGGUUGGCUUUUCUCCCUUUAUGUGGAAAUAAAUUCCAACAGGCUGGCAUAAAACACAUUCCCAGGUUAAUGGGCUGAGCAUGCACGUGCUGUUGUGUUGAGCAGCACUUUGUGAAGCUCUGGAGGCUUCACUUGGAAGAAUAAUGAGGCCAGCAAGACUCUAAAGGCUUCAAAUCCUCGAUUCUCAAAUCCUCAAUUUUAUUGCKGUACGUAAAGAGCCAUAAAAUGUUUGAAAUCCAUGCCACUAUUGCCACUUGAACCAGUCACAGUCUGGCUAAAAAUUGUGUAAGAGGCUAAAGGUUUCCAAAGGUCACUCGAAAACUGAAUGUGUGAUAUUUUUUUUUGUUGGGAUUGCAGGAAGACUUCAGUGUCCUGUUGGCCUCCUUGUUCUAUUUUGACUUGUUUUGACAUGUUGCUUUGGUUACUGGGUGCAUCAGUUAAGACUUUAGGUCCUUCAUACUUCUUUUGUUGUUUUUCUUGGUGGAAACUCACACAUAACCUGAAAAAAAAAAAAAAACCUGAAGGCUUUUAAAAAUAACCUGAAGCAUUAUUGAAAAUUAAAUAAAAUAUUCUGGAAAGCGGAUUCCACUCGUAAGAAUUUGAGAAGAUUCCAUUGUUACGGGUCAAAGGGAGUAAGAGAASACUGCUGGUGCUGAAAUCCUCUUCACCUCUUAGGAAUUUGGAGCACAAAGUACCUGUUUUCAUUAAAAGAGAGGAAUAUGUGCAGAUGUAAUAGGGAGAGCUGGUUAUGUAAGUGGGAGAUAAUGAGCUUGAGUCCGAGUACGGGGUGUCUCAGGUGACUGACAGCUCCAUCCACACUUUUGUGUCAAAAUCUGUUCUCUCAGCAGAAAGGAAUGUUUUAUUAAAUGCUUGUUCCUGCAAGGAAGUGUGGUACAUGCUGACCUGUGCCACCCCAGUGGCCCUGGCAGAGAUCUUUCCUGUCCUUUUURCACAGUGCUGGGUGGAUUUUUGGAUUCUAGGAAUCAGGGGGAAGGCCAGCAGAGCAGAUAUCCUGGGGGGAGUCUGUCACCCAGCCAGUAUGGAGAGGCAGAUGAAAUAUUCCAUGGAAGUCUUGUGAUCGCUUGCCCUUGUCCUUGUGGGAGACCUUAACUUGCCAAAUGUCUGCUGGAAAUACAACACAGCAGAGAAGAGAGAGUGCAGGAGGUUCCUGGGGUGUGUGGGAGGUAAUUCCUGACCCAGCUGGUGAGGGAACCAGGAGUGGUGCCCCACUGGACCUGUUUGUGAGCAGAGUAGGGCUGGUGGGUGAUGUGAUGGUUGGAGACCCACCUGGGCACUGUGGAAUGAGGGGGUUUUAUUCUUGGGGAGAUGGAGGGGUCCAGCAGAACUGCCACCUUGGACUUGUGGAGGGCAGACUUUGGGAGCUGGGUAGGCAGAGCCCCUUGGGAGGAGCCCUGAAGGGCUGAGAGGUCCAGGAAGGCUGGAGAUCCUUAAGAAGGAAAUCCUAAAGGCACAGCAGGAGCAGAACAUCCAUCCCCACAUGCCAAAGGAUGAGCCAGAGGGGGAGAAGGAGCAGCCUGGCUGAGCAGAGAGCUUUGGCUGGAACUCAGGRAACAAAAGAGGGUGUGUGACCUUUGGAAGAAGRGGCAGGCAGCCCAGCAGGGCUACAACGGUGUGGUGAGGUCAUGCAAGGAGAAAUUAGAGGGACAAAACUAGAGAAGGAGAAACUAGAACCUAAUCUGGCUACUGCUGUGAAAGRCARCAAAAAAUGUCYCUGUAAAUACAGCACUAAGGAGAAUCCCCAUCCUUUAGUGGAUGCCAUUCUUCAUUUCCCACCAGAAGAGCCUGAUAGGGUGCAAUUGCUCAGGAAUUUCAGUGUGGAGAUCCAUUUAGAAAGCACAAUCAUGAGCUAGAAUAGGCAGAAAAUGACAUGGAGUUUGUGACUAGCUGAUGGCUGCGGUGCCACGCAGCACUGGUGAGUGUGUAAAUGAAGAACUGAGUGCGCUGAAAUUAAUCAGGAGCUCUGCCAGUAGGGACAGGAGAAUUUCCAAGGAUCAACUCCUACUGCCUUCCUCUUAAAUACAAAUUAUAAUAUAAAUAAUAACAUAAAUUAUAUUCCCAUAAUACACAAAGAGGUUGUCGUGGUGCACCCCACUGAAUGAUUUUUGUCAGCCUGCAUAUCAUUCUUCAUAUCACACGUCUGAAAGUUUCAGAUUGAGCCUGAAAGCACAGCAAGUUUCAUUUAAAUUCUGUCUAAUGCUUCAUUUCUGUUUCUGUACRUAUUUCACAURGAGUUUCUGAAGGAGUGAUUGCACSAYAGASCACAAAUCUAACUUCAGUCUCUUUGUUAUUUUGAAAUCUUACAAUGAAUAAUMAUUUAAUGCAGCUGUCAAAUGUAGAACCUUCCUUUAAGAGAUUUAGAUUUGUUAGGACCCAUUGCCAGCACAGUAAAACCAGUCAAAAAGUGUUUCCUGUGGCACAGACACUGCCAUGGCUCAGCCUGCAUUCUCUGCACUGGUUAUGCCUUCAAGACACAUCCAGAUUUUGCAGAUCCUUUUUUUUUUUCUUUUCCUGGGGGCUUCCACACAGUUCAGCCCAUGCCAACCAAUUGCUUAUGUCCUUUUUUCCUGUAUAUUCACGGCUGCUGUCCAUGUGGGCUGUGAAAACGAGUUGCUUGGGAGCAGUGCAGGAUGGUUAAAGGUGAAGGGAUGACUUUGAGACUUCUCUGAGCUACCAAAACCCCAGUGUGCUGGAUCUCCGGGUGGGCUUUACUCUUCGAAGAAAAAAAUUCAAAAAUGUCUUUUCAAGCAGAUUGCAAGGCAAUAUGGAAGUUKUGACUUUAAAGGUUGAUGGGGUUUUCUACUUCAGUGGCAUCUGUGAUGUCWUUUUUUCUGACCCCAUUGUAGCUUAUUUUAGUGAUUUAUUUAAGGUAAUCAUUAUACAAACUCCAUUCUGUAACUUCCAGAAACCAGCUUUUCUGGCCUCAGUGAUGAYUGUACCGACCUUUACAAUUGUAAAUUAGUUGUUGAGCAGUUUUUGAAAAAAAAAGAUAGAAAAGUUCCCUCUAAUUAUGGCAAAAGAAAGUUAAAUUUGAGAAGAUUACACUGAUAUAUCUUAAAAGAAGAAGAUAACAAGUCCUGCAGUGGAGCCAAGCCUUUACCUGUGUCAGUGAAGAUUUAUCCAACACCUUAUCAGAAUCAGCUGACUUUAUCGUGAGAUAUUGCCCUUGAACCUGUUACUGAAUUAUUUAACAUUUGGUUCUUUCGUUGUUUUUAUUUUCAAAGCAAGAGUCAAUGCAAGGUAUGAUUUUAAAUCAGCGUGCUGAAGUGUGCAUAUUCUGUAUAUCUAAUAUGUCAUUGUUGUCUCUUGUUUCUGUAAUGCAUUUGCAUUACCAUGAAUCAAUUUUAUUCUGCUUCUCUAGAGACUCUCGCUGCCUGCACRCUGUGAUAUAUUUGCACUGUUGUAGAUAUAUAUAUAUACAAAUAAUGUAAUUAUAUUAUACAAACCAUGUCUUUUUCAGGCUGCUUGUUACCUUUGUAGUUUACGCUCUUCCCGGUACUGUGGGCCUGAGUAAAAAUGUGGGAUGUGGGGCAUUCCUGAAGAUAUAUCACAGUCAUAGAGAAAUCUUUGUAUAUUUCUGUAUACUUACUACCUGUAAGAAGAGAUUUGUAUGUGCAUUAUUUUCCAAACUUAGGGCUUUGUUUUCUGAGACUAGAGAACAUUUAUGAUAAUGUAACACACACACACACACGAAAAAAAAAGAAAAAAAUCCAAUAAAGUGUUAUUAUUUUCAGACAGAUGGCUUUGUACCUGUUGUCACUCUGAGGGAAGUGUGUUGUAGCGUUGUUUUCACUGCCUGSUCCUUGAUUUUGGCAGCCAGCAAGGACCUGGAAUUGUCUGUUUCAGGUUGUGGUGGUUUCAGGUAACUC